GCAUUACGGUGGUCCAAAAAUGCAUGUGAAAAAGUAAAGUCGGGAUUCUUAUGCUCUCACUCCCUAGCAUUGUUCUACACCGAGAGUUACCCCCCAUUUUAUUUUGAAAUCAAAAACUAUUUAGAGGUAGCUCAAAACGCUCAAAGUAGCAAAAAACCGGAUUAUUCGAUAUUCGAAAAAAGCGCCUUGAAACCGGUUAAACCGGUUUGAAAAAACCGUGUCAAUAAUCCUAGUAUUUAUAGAUAAAUACGCACGUUGUAUAUUUUCAAUAGUGUUCGUAUGGCUUGGCUUAACUUCUCGAUUGUAUAUAAUACAGUUUCUGCUUUCGCGCCCUGCCGCACGUCUUUGUGGGCUUUUUAUAGUUUUAUUUACUUUUCGGACUGUUUCGUUUUUGUUAAGAAUUGUGUCGCACCAAAAUCGAAAAUUGCUCGCCGUAAGUAUGUGAAAGCUCCGCAGUAUGAGAUAUGAGUGCAGCAGUAACGGCGUGACACACCUGGCAGACGCGCAUAAUAAAAUAAAAGUAAUUAGAGCAAAGUAUUCGAAUUCGAACCCACCGCGAAAACCAGAGAAAAUUGCAAAGAGUGUUUGCCUCCAACAAACAUUCUACAAGUGUAGCAUAUCAAUAUCAAAUAUCUCUACAAAGAAUUACCAUAAAGUGUUUUCCUCGCAAAUAUGGAUGAAAAAUCAAACGUUCCGCAGCGCAUUUACCCGUCCACUCCACUUGAGCAGCCGGUCGCAGCGAGUGAACAGCAACAGGCUCUAUUGCAACCGGCGCCACCCACGUACUCACAAGCAACAGGUGCCACACCCACGACAGCGCCGGAUGCCGCGCAUAUUGUUGUAAUUACACCCGGCGCACCGUUGGCAUAUGGACCCGCACCGGUGGAUAUACAGUGUCCCUACUGCCACAAUUAUACACGCACCCGCUUGCGCUUUAAGCCAACCUCACGCACGCAUCUAAUUGCUCUGCUGCUCUGCCUUUUCCAGCUCUACUGCUUCGUGUGUUUACCCUAUUGCAUUGGCAGUUGCAUGAAUACGGCACAUUAUUGUGGCUUGUGUGACCGUUACUUGGGUACAUAUGUGCGAGAAUAAUCAGGAUAUCCGAGAAUGGAGGCUUUUAACACAUUUUAUUUAGGUCACAAGAAAAAAAAUUAUUGAAGCUUUGAUGCUAAAUGUUUAUAAUUUCAAUAUGUAUAAAUUUCAAAGUAUUACAAGCCAUAUGUAAAUGUACGUAUAUGUGUACAUAUCGGUCAUUUACUUCAAUAUUGUCAUAAUCCAAAAAAUACAAAUAUUGAGUUAAGUACGCAGAAAUCACCGCUAACCGCAUAGGAGUAUAUACAUAUGUGUAAAUUUAAAACUUUAAGUUUCGCUUUUUUGAGUUACGAUACUAUUGAAGCAAAUGAUAGAUAUGUACAUAUAUAACAAUAACAUUGCACAUUAGGCCAGAGUAAUUUGUUCAGCGCAAAAUUUUCAAAAAAGUGUAUAGCAAAUUCAAAUUAUACGAUUAAUUCUAAGCAAAAGUGGCGAACAAACUAUGUACCAAAAUGGACGUUUGACCCUCUCAAUUUUCAAAAGAAAAAGCAGUAUAUUGUAUGCAGAAAACGCAUAAUUUAUUAAAUGAAUAACUAAUUUCGUUCAGAAAAAAUUAUUAUACAAGAAUUUUCUUUUAAAAAUUAGGAGGGUCAAACAUAAUUUUUCGUAUAUAGUUCGUUCGCCAUUUUUGCUAAGAAUUGAACGUAGAAUUCGGAUAUGCCAUACACUUUUUUAGAAAUUAGAUUACUCCGCCCUAGUGCACAUAUUUAUAUUAAGGCAUAUGUAUCUACACUCUUAAAUAAGUAAAUACCUUUUUAAACUUUGGAGUGCACAUACAUGUAUGUAUGCAUCUACGAAAACAUUAACUUUUUUAUCUAAAUAUUUGUAAUGAAAUGUAUAUCUGAAAUUCAGCCGAUAAGAAGGAAAGCAAUAAACGCCACAAACUGUAAGUUAAAAUUUAUAU